GGAAUUCACAAAACCAUACCCUCAAGAAAAAGAGAGUAAAUGGAUCCAACAUCCUAUAAAAAUCUCCACCAACUUCUGCACCAAAUGACUCAUUCUCCACAUGGACGAAGCAUCAUUGUUCACUUCAUCUCUUUUCCUUUCAUCUUCUUCUUCCUUUUGAUCCUCUUCUUCCUAAUUUCACUUAAACUCUUAUCCAACAAAAACCCAGAAAUAAAAAACUUACCACCAUCGCCACCACAACUCCCAAUAAUUGGCAACCUUCACCAAUUAGGCAACCUCCCACAUCGCUCAAUGGCAUCUCUUUCAGAGAAAUAUGGUCCUCUAAUGCUUCUCAAACUAGGCCGAACCCCAACACUCAUUGUCUCAUCAUCCAAACUAGCAAAAGAAGUAAUGAAAUCCCAUGACAACAUCUUCUCAAGCAGAUCCCAAAACACAGCUGCAAAAUGCUUACUUUAUGGAUGCCGUGAUCUGGCCUUUGCUUCCUAUGGAGAGCAUUGGAGACAAGCCAAGAAAUUGUGUGUUUUGGAGCUUUUGAGUCCCAAAAGAGUUGAGUAUUUCCAAUAUAUUAGAGAGGAAGAAGUUGAAAAUCUCUUAAAAAGGAUUGGUAGUGAGUCGUGUGGUGUGAUCAAUCUCAACCAACUUUUUGUAUCAACUUCAAACCAUAUAGUGGGGAGAUGUGUUUUGGGUGAGAACUAUAAGGAAGAAAAGGAUGGGUUUGGUGAAGUUACAAGGAAGGAUAUGGUGCUUUUAACAAGGUUUUGUGUUGGGGAUGCUUUUCCUUGGUUUGGAUGGAUUGAUGUGUUGAGUGGAUUUCGUGGAGAACUCAAAGCUUGUUUUGAAACAUUGGAUAAGCUUUUUGAGAAAGUGAUUGAAGAGCGUAGGGAAAAAUUGAAGAUUGGUGAUGAUAAUAAUGGAUGUUGUGAUGAGAAGGACUUUGUGGGGAUUAUACUCAAAUUGCAACAACAAGAUGCUCUUCAUUAUCAUUUCACUAUGGAAGAUUUCAAAGCAAUUUUACUGGAUAUGUUUGUAGGUGGAACAGACACAACAGCAACAGGUUUAGAAUGGACAAUGGCAGAGCUGAUGAGAAACCCAACAAUCAUGAAAAAAGUUCAAGAAGAGGUCAGAACAAUAGUUGGUAAAAAACCAAAGAUUGAAACAAACGACAUUCAAAAAAUGGAUUACAUGAAAUGUGUUAUAAAAGAAUCUCUAAGGCUCCAUCCUCCUAUUCCCCUCAUGCUUCCAAGAGAAACAAUCGAAAGUGUCAACCUUGAAGGUUACCAAAUUCCACCAAAAACAAGGGUUUGGAUCAAUGCUUGGGUAAUUCAAAGAGACCCCAUGAUGUGGGAAAACCCAAAUAAGUUCAUACCAGAGAGAUUCAUGGAGGAAAAGAAAGCAGUUGAUUUCAAAGGUCAUGACUUUGAGUUCAUUCCAUUUGGGAGUGGAAGAAGGAAGUGCAUUGGAAUGUCAUUUGGAAUUGCUUCUUUUGAAUAUAUAUUGGCCAAUCUUCUUUACUGGUUUGAUUGGAAGCUUCCAGAUGGGGAGUUGUUGGAUAUGACUGAAGAAAAUGGUCUGUCUGUUUUUAAGAAACUUCCUCUCAUGCUUAUCCCAAUUCCAUUUUCUCCCUAAUCUUUUGGUGUUUUUCCUUAAGCAUUAGGUGUAUUGAGUGAGUGAGUGAGUGAGUAUAUAUAGUAACGUGUUUGUUUAUGAAGUCACAAUGUGAAAUAUCCAUGUUUGUGAAAUAUAUAUGUUUAGAAAAAUUAUUGGCAUAAA